AAACCACGCAGGGGAGACACACGGUUCCACCAUGUAGACGCAGACUGGCACACAGACGGACUCCGCUUCAUCUUCAAACUUGAAACCAGCAUGUAUCCUGCGCUGCUCUGACUGGAAGUACCGGCUGACGUAUUCAGAUUUCUCUGCAGAGAUAAACAAAACAUAAACGCAGGAGCAGAAAAUGGCAGCCACAGACUUCCUCUUCUUCACUUUGUGCAUCGCCACAGUCUUCACCACCGGACUCGGAUGCCCUGAGCUCUGUACCUGCUCAGAUAAAUACGGCCGCCAUUGUGCUGAAUGCUCCUACAAAGACUUAGUUGAGGUACCAGACGGUUUGCCUCCUAAUGUGACGACUGUGAGUCUCUCCGCUAACAAGAUCAGUUUGAUACCGCUGGGGAGCUUCGACAAUGUCACCCGGGUGACGUCGCUGUGGAUGGCCCACAAUGAGAUCGUCUCCAUCGAACAAGGGACCCUCACGCCAUUGGUCCAUCUGCGUAACUUUGACAUCAGCCACAAUAGAAUUGUAGACUUCCCAUGGGAGGAUCUGCAGAACCUCACAGGCCUGCAUCUGCUGAAGAUGAACCACAACGAGAUGGUCCACCUGCCGAUGGACGCCUUUUCCAACCUCAAAGAUCUGAGGUCCCUCCGACUCAACAAUAACAAAUUCAUAACCAUAACUCAUGGGACGUUUGACGGUUUGGUGUCUUUGUCCCACUUGCAGGUUUAUAAAAAUCCUUUUGCAUGCACCUGCUCCCUCGACUGGCUCAGAGACUGGAUUUCAAUGACCACCAUCUCAGUCCCGGAGCAGAAUUUGAUCACUUGUGCAACUCCACAGAAACUUAGAGGGAAAGUGAUCGGAAAAUUGCUUGAGUCAAAGUGCACAGGCACCAAUGUGACAAUACGAACUGGGCCAAAUAUUCACAACACGACUUUCUACGAGGGCAGUACGUUGGUCCUGACUUGUGAAUUCACAGGAAAUCCAAAGCCUCUGGUCAUGUGGAAUAUUCGCAGCAAAAGCCAGAGGCAAGAGCUGGCUUUGUCUUUUACUGAGGAUGACUCAGGAGAAUCAAAUGAGGACUCCUUGCUGUCCUAUAAUCCUGUCAAAGUCUUUAAUAAUGGCACUCUUAUCAUUUCACACCUCAGGAAGGAAGAUGGUGGCAACUACAGCUGUUCGGCCACAAACGAGUUUAGAAGAUCAGAGGAUUCAGUGUUGGUGAAGGUGGUGGCUUUACCUAAACCAACACGCACAAAAGAAAUGACCACAACACCUGCUUACACCAAAACAAAUCCAUCUAUACACCAAACAACAGGCAAACCAUCGUUUUUGGACUCUGUGCGUCUCUUUGAUUUAAAGAGAAAAGACAGCAUGAACGUCGUACCUACUUUCCCGCCCACUGCAGAGAUAAAUUCUUCUGAGGAGGCAACAGCAUAUCCAUCUCGAGCAAGUAAAUGUGGCUUGACGGCUAACACGAGGUACAUUUCUAGCCAUGUCUUUAACGGGAGCCCGGACCACAUCAAGCAGUACACAUUUGACUUUGGUGUCAUUGCAUUAGGGGUGUCAGAAACCGAGGCAACAGUGCGACUCAAUCCUCUUCUCAUACCCAGAGACAACAGCGCCAAUCAGGACGCCAACACCGCCGCCACAUCUGAUGAGAGCUUCCACACUGACAGCGAAGAGCGUCAUGACCUUUCAGAUGUUGGUGAAAAAGUAUAUUCAAAUGGCUUGUAUCUGUGCAUCGCUGCCGACCACAAACACUCAGCUGUGCAGUGGUCGAGGAUCAAAGAAGGCAUCAACUUGUAUCUGUUCAGCGGUUUGCGCCCCGGCACCAACUACUCCCUGUGUCUGACCUACAGAGGGGAGGACUGUGAGGUCCAGGUGCUGUUCACCACCAGGAGGAGGGUACCUAACCUAUUCAUCAUCAUCUCCGUCAGCAUCUGCCUCCUGACUGUGUCCACGGUGCCUCUCCUCGGAGCAACGUGCUUCCACCUGGUGUACAAAUACCGCAGCAAGACCUACAAGCUGAUCCUGAAGGCCAAAGACCAGUACCACAUGGAGAGGAACCUCGGCGCCAAUUUCCGUGCACCUCACACCGAGUCCCGGAGGAAGAUUAACGGCAGCCAGCUCGAUGAGGAGGAGGGUGAGACGGAGAGCGGAGACGGAGCUAAAGAGGCGGACACAGAAGAAAGCAUCAUCACAGAGUCCCUUUCUUUGUCUCAGUGCAGGGGGAAUUUAGACAACUGUGAGGUUGGGUCUGAGUAUAGUGAUAAAUUACCUUUGGGAGCUGAAGCAGUGAAUAUUACAAGCAAUUACACAUAUCCAAAUCAGUAAUCAUUAUUUUGCCUGUGCGUAAAACAGGAUUUUUCUUUCAGUUUGUGCCAAAGGUUUUGCUUCACUUUAGCCUUGCAAAGACAGCCCAUACAUAUUGCUUUGUUCCAUAAAAAUGUAUUUGCUUUAGUUGCAGAGCUGCAUAAUUCAUUCAGUAGACAGGCUACCAGCUGCAAGGCUCUAUCUAAUAAAGAUUAUCUUAUCUAAUGUUGUCAGUGGAUGUUUUCCAGACAAUCAUUUUAGUGAUUGGCCAUGUGAAACUUGUUACUAACAUUUCUUUGUAGCUGGAAAUGUCUUGUUUUCCUCCUUUACUGUGAUGUAUUCAUGUACACCUCUGAAAAACCACUUACAUGAAGUGGAUCUGGAUCCAGAUCUGUAUCAAAAUAAACAUAGUGAUAGACAAUCAUGGGACGCAUGAACCAGAUACUGUAUGUUUAAUGUUUUUAAGGAAGUGCAGUACUUCACAAGAAACAAAAAUAGAUAAUAAAUGAAUAAAAUACCUUUUAUUUUUUGAUUAAGAAAUCCCGUAAAAAGAAAUCUUUGGUCCGACUAUCUACCAAAUUUCAGUUAAAUCUGUUAAGAAAUAUCUCACUUAAAUGACCUUGGCAGAGUUUUAAGUAAUAAUGACCAGCUGUUUGCACAUUAUCCUGCUUAUUACACAGCUAGCUACUAAAGAAGUCAAUAACUUGAUACAAAUUAUUGAUUUGAAAAUUGUUUUAUUUUAUUUUUACAGUUUAAAGAAAUAGUAAAAUGUAAAAUGUCGUUGACUAAUUGACUAAUCAGAAUAGUGUGUUUAACAAAGCCGUGUAAAAAUGAAACACAGUGAACACGAAUGCUUAUUUGUUCAUUUGUGCAAAACAGUGAAAUAUUGAUAGUGCAGCUGAAUAAUACUGU